AUGUCACAGCUGUCUGCUUCAGCUUCCUUUGUUUCAGGCAUGGAGUUCUGGGAGGGAAAAGAUAGAUAUAUUAUUGUAUGGGGCUUGCUUCUGCUUUCCUUUUUUCCUUUGCACUCGUCAAGGUUGCAUGGGUUUUCAUCAGUGUCACGAACAGAUUAUACCUACGACCUUACCAUACCUCAUCUUGCCUAA